UGCACCGCCGCGCAGGUUUGCGAGCCGACUUGUCCGCCCGCCAAGAAAAGGAAGCGCCGUCCCACCCCUUGUACUCUACACCCUGCGGCGGGCGAGCGGCGCGGCCACGGAGGCGCCGAGGAGGGGCGAGGCGCCGCCGGGCAGCGGCGUCCCUUCGGGGGAAAGGGCGUCCGAGAGGAGGCGUCGGCGCGGCGCGGAAGGCACGACUCGCGAUGGCAGCUGCUUAGCCCGGCGCGCGCGGAGCAGCCCCGAGCUGUGGCUGCCCAGACGGAGCGGCUGCGCGGGGGACGCCGCCGCUGCAGCCCGGCCGGGAAAGAUGAGCGCGGAGACGGGCGAGGGCAUCACUUUCUCCGUGCCACCCUUAGCCCACUCGGGCCUCUGUGCCCUCGCCGAGGACGGCAGCUGCUGGAGGGGAGGAGCGGCGGCGGUGGCCGAGGGCGAGGAGAACCAGCUGCCCCCGCCGCCAGCGGGCAGCUUCUGGAACGUGGAGAGUGCCGCCGCCCCGGUCACUGGGUGUCCCGCCGCCGCCUCCGGGAGCAGCGCCGUCCGUUGCCGGGGCAACUCUGGUGGGGGCGGCGGCCGACGGACCACGGUGGCUUAUGUGAUCAACGAAGAGAGCCAGGGGCAGCAGGUGGUGUCCGAGACCGAGGCCCUGCAGAGCCUGCGGGAGGCGUGCGAGACGGUGGGCGCCACUCUGGAGACCCUUCAUUUUGGAAAACUGGACUUUGGGGAGACCACGGUGCUGGACCGUUUUUACAAUGCAGAUAUUGCUGUGGUGGAGAUGAGUGAUGCCUUCCGGCAGCCGUCCUUGUUCUACCACCUUGGAGUGAGAGAAAGUUUCAGCAUGGCCAACAACAUCAUCCUCUACUGUGAUGCCAACUCAAACUCUCUGCAGUCACUGAAGGAAAUCAUUUGCCAGAAGAAUACUAUGUGCACUGGGAAUUACACGUUCGUCCCGUACAUGGUGACUCCACACAACAAGGUCUACUGCUGUGACUGUAGCUUCAUGAAGGGGUUGUCAGAACUCAUGCAGUCCAACUUCGAGCUGCUUCUGGGACCCAUCUGCUUACCUCUUGUGGAUCGUUUCAUUCAACUUCUGAACGUGGCACAAGCUGGCUCCAGCCAGUAUUUCCGGGAAUCUAUACUCAAUGAUAUCAGGAAAGCUCGUAAUUUAUACACUGGCAAAGAACUGGCAGCUGAAUUGGCAAGAAUUCGGCAGCGAUUAGAUAAUAUUGAAGUCUUGACAGCAGAUAUUGUCAUAAAUCUGUUACUUUCCUACAGAGAUAUACAGGAAUAUGAUUCUAUUGUGAAGCUGGUAGAGACUUUAGAAAAGCUGCCAACCUUUGAUUUGGCCUCCCAUCAUCAUGUGAAGUUUCAUUAUGCAUUUGCACUGAAUAGGAGAAAUCUCCCUGGAGAUAGAGCAAAAGCUCUUGAUAUUAUGAUUCCCCUGGUGCAAAGUGAAGGGCAAGUUGCUUCAGAUAUGUAUUGCCUAGUUGGUCGAAUCUACAAAGACAUAUUUUUGGACUCUAAUUUCAUGGACACUGAAAGUAGAGACAAUGGAGCUUUUUGGUUCAAAAAGGCAUUUGAAAGUGAGCCUACACUACAGUCAGGAAUUAAUUAUGCAGUUCUUCUUCUGGCAGCUGGGCAACAGUUUGAAUCUUCCUUUGAGCUCCGGAAAGUUGGGGUGAAGCUUAGUAGCCUUCUUGGUAAAAAGGGAAACUUGGAAAAACUCCAGAGCUACUGGGAAGUUGGAUUUUUUCUGGGGGCCAGUGUUCUGGCCAAUGACCACUUGAGAGUCAUUCAAGCAUCUGAAAAGCUUUUUAAACUGAAGACACCGGCAUGGUACCUCAAGUCUAUUGUAGAGACAAUUUUGAUAUAUAAACAUUUUGUGAAAUUGACUACAGAACAGCCUGUGGCUAUACAGGAACUCGUGGACUUCUGGAUGGACUUCCUGGUCGAGGCCACAAAGACAGAUGUUACUGUAGUUAGGUUUCCAGUAUUAAUAUUAGAACCAACCAAAAUCUAUCAACCUUCGUAUUUGUCUAUCAACAAUGAAGUUGAGGAAAAGACAAUAUCUAUUUGGCACGUGCUUCCUGAUGACGAGAAUGGUAUACAUGAGUGGAACUUUAGUGCUUCUUCCAUCAGGGGAGUGAGUAUUUCUAAGUUUGAAGAACGAUGCUGUUUUCUUUAUGUGCUUCACAAUUCUGAUGAUUUCCAAAUCUAUUUCUGUACUGAACUUCAUUGUAAAAAGUUUUUUGAAAUGGUGAACAACAUUACCGAAGAGAAGGGGAGAGGUGUGGAGGAAGGAGACUGUGAAGGUGACUCCCUGGAGUAUGACUAUGAAUAUGACGAAAAUGGUGACAGAGUCGUUUUAGGAAAAGGCACUUACGGGAUAGUCUAUGCAGGUCGAGACCUGAGCAACCAAGUCAGAAUCGCUAUUAAGGAAAUCCCAGAGAGAGAUAGCAGAUACUCCCAGCCCCUCCAUGAAGAAAUAGCAUUGCAUAAGCAUCUGAAGCACAAGAAUAUUGUCCAGUAUCUGGGUUCUUUCAGUGAGAAUGGUUUCAUUAAAAUCUUCAUGGAGCAAGUUCCAGGAGGAAGUCUUUCGGCUCUCCUUCGUUCAAAAUGGGGCCCAUUGAAAGACAAUGAGCAGACAAUUGGAUUUUAUACAAAGCAAAUACUCGAAGGAUUAAAAUACCUCCAUGACAAUCAGAUAGUUCACCGGGACAUAAAGGGUGACAAUGUGUUGAUUAAUACCUAUAGUGGUGUUCUCAAGAUCUCUGACUUCGGCACAUCAAAGAGGCUUGCUGGCAUAAACCCAAGCACUGAAACUUUUACUGGCACCCUUCAGUACAUGGCACCAGAAAUAAUAGACAAAGGACCCAGAGGCUAUGGGAAAGCAGCAGACAUUUGGUCUUUGGGUUGCACCAUCAUCGAAAUGGCCACAGGGAAACCGCCCUUUCAUGAACUGGGAGAACCACAAGCAGCAAUGUUCAAGGUGGGAAUGUUUAAAGUCCACCCGGAGAUCCCGGAGUCCAUGUCAGCGGAGGCCAAGGCAUUCAUAUUGAAGUGUUUUGAACCAGACCCUGACAAGAGAGCCUGUGCUAACGACUUGCUUAUUGAUGAGUUCUUAAAAGUUUCAAGCAAAAAGAAAAAGACACAGCCUAAGCUUUCAGCUCUUUCACCUGGAUCAAAUGCAGAAUACCUUAGGAGCAUAUCCUUGCCAGUCCCCGUCCUGGUGGAGGACACAAGCAGCAGCAGUGAGUACGGCUCAGUUUCUCCCGACACGGAGCUCAAGGUGGACCCCUUCUCUUUCAAAACAAGAGCCAAAUCCUGCGGAGAAAAGGAUGUGAAAGGAAUGCGGACCCUCUUUUUGGGCAUUCCAGAUGAGAAUUUUGAAGAUCACAGUGCUCCCCCUUCUCCCGACGAAAAGGACUCCGGGUUCUUUAUGCUGCGGAAGGACAGCGAGAGGCGGGCCACCCUUUACCGGAUCCUGAAGGAAGACCAAGACAAAGUUGUGAGAAACUUAAUGGAAUCUUUGGCUCAGGGGCCUGAAGAACCUAAACUAAAGUGGGAGCACAUCACAACCCUCAUCACAAGCCUCAGAGAAUUUGUGAGAUCCACCGACCGAAAAAUCAUAGCCACCACCCUGUCAAAGCUGAAGUUAGAGCUGGACUUCGACAGCCACGGCAUCAGUCAGGUCCAGGUGGUGCUCUUCAGCUUUCAAGAUGCUGUGAAUAAAGUUCUUCGGAAUCAUAACAUCAAGCCACACUGGAUGUUUGCCCUGGACAGUAUCAUCCGGAAGGCAGUGCAGACAGCCAUUACCAUUCUGGUUCCAGAACUGAGGCCACAUUUUAGCCUUGCGUCUGAGAGUGAUACAGCAGAUCAAGAAGACUUGGAUGCAGAAGAUGACCAUGAGGAACAGCCUCCAAAUCGAAUUGUCCGAAGACCUCAUGCCAUCCUUGAAGAUGCUGUGGCUACCUCAGGGGUGAGCACGCUCAGUUCUACUGUAUCCCACAAUUCCCAGAAUGCUCACCGAUCACUGAAUGUACAGCUUGGAAGAAUGAAAAUAGAAACUAAUAGAUUACUGGAAUCAUUGGUUCAGAAAGAGAAAGAAUUACAAGCACUCCUUCAUUACGCUAUUGAAGAAAAGGACCAAGAAAUCAAACACCUGAAGCUUAAGUCCCAACCAAUAGAUAUUCCUAGAUCACCUGUACAUCGCUCAACCGCUGGCAGAACUACUGAAGAUUCUAAACUUACUGACUGGCUGAGAGAAAAUGGAGCUGAUGACGACACUAUAAGUCAGUUUUUGGCUGAGGAUUAUUCACUAGUGGAUGUUCUCUACUAUGUUACACGUGAUGACUUAAAAUGCCUGAGACUAAGGGGAGGGAUGCUCUGCACACUGUGGAAGGCCAUCACUGACUUUCGGGACAAGCAGAGAGACAAACAGACUUGACUGUCACUCCUUUGUUUCCAACCUCCCUGGAGAUUCUAACAACACAGAACUGAUCUUCGAAAGAGGGAGAAUCCCAGGGAGAGGAGAAAGAAGCUGCACUUUAAACCCAGUAUUUGUUUACUCGUGUUGAAAAAAAAAAAAAUAGACAGAGUACACUGAAAUUUCCCAAAUGCUUCUAUUUCUAUAAUUCAUAAGGACUUUUUGUAAGGACUCUCACUAGGAUGUUUAGGAUUAUUUUACUCUAAACAUUUUAAUGGAAAUAUUUUGAACUCAGCAGCUACUGACUAGACUUCAGCCAAAUGUUUAUUUCACACAAAACGGAUGUAACAUUUCAUGUGAUUGUGCAUCACUGGAACAAAACCAAAAUGUGACCACAACUUUUUAGGUUUAUGUGUGUUUGUAAUAUGCUCUAAUAAUCUGAGUAGAAAUGCAUAAUUUCAAUUGUUGCAUAAAGUUUAUGGUUUUUUUUUAAUAUGCAGAAUCUGAGCAAUGGUUUAUACUUAUCUGUGUUAAUUGUAAUAUUGAUAUAUUUUGUAACUUAAGUUUCUGGCCUAUAGUACUUUGGUUUGAGUCAUUUUUGUUACUACUGAACUGUACCAGUUGCACAUGCCUGAAUCAUAGUAAAGUUAGCUUGUUCUAAAGCUAUCCAUUGUCUCAUAUUUACUUUAAAAAGUAAAAAAGGCUAUCAAUAUACUGUUUUGAUAAAUUCUAAAUAGUUCUCAUUUUGUUUAGCCAAACUGUGUUAAAUUUCUAGUUGUUUCUUCAGCUAUAACAUUAAAUAGAAUCUGUCUUCUACUCAAGUAAUUGAAGAAAACUGAUCUCCAAGUUCUUCCUCAUGGCAACAGAGUGGUUCAGAAAGACGUAAAAGAAAAAAGAAAAUAAAAGAAAGUCACUGUAUUUUUCUCAAAGCCCUGAGUUACCUUGAAUGACUAUUGUGUAUCUCAAGGGGCCUACAAACAGCAUCUCAGUGGAGAGCACUGCCUUUUCUAUCUCUUUAAUUUCUCAUAUUGAGGAAAAUAUUUUAUUGUAAGCUGAAUAUUAUAUUUUAUAAGCCUGCCUGUAUUAAAAGGAUGAAGUCUGAAGUUCUUCGAUGGA